AUGGGUCGUCCUGAUUCCGAGGCGCCGACGUCGAGCAUCGCGGCGGGGCUGGCUGCCGCCCUCGGAGGCGGGGGAGAAGCGCCGGCGCCGGCGGGGGCAGACUCGGCUUUUGAAACCAACGUGGUGAUCAUCCUGGCCGCGGUCUUCUUCGCGCUGCUCUUCGCCAUCGGCCUCCACUCGCUGGCACGGUGCGCGCUCCGGUACGUGGGGUGUGGGGCUGCCGCCGCUGUUGCUGCCGGCGAGGGCAGGGCGUCGGCGCGGGUGGCCUGCAGCGGCAGCGGCAUCAAGAGGCGCGUCCUCAGGAGCCUCCCCGUGGAGGUGUAUGGCUCCGGGGAGGUCAUCGACGACGUGUGCGCCAUAUGCCUGAGCGAGUUCGUGGACGGCGAGAAGGUGCGCGUGCUGCCGCUCUGCGGGCACGGCUUCCACGUCCGCUGCGUCGACGCCUGGCUGGUGUCCCACGGCUCCUGUCCCACGUGCCGGCGGCCGGUGCUCGAGGGCGCGCCCGCGAAGAGUGAGACGGACACGGUGAUCACCGCGGUCAUCGCGUGAGUUCAUCACGCAACGAGGCAUGCCAUUGCUGCCGGCACGGCACAG